AUGAAUAAUUCGAUAUACAAGUUUCAACCUUCCUCCAACUAUCCUGAUAUAAUAAACAGAAAUAGCGUGAUAUUAUCAAGAGAAAAAAACAAAAGUUUGAGUGUUAAAAAUCGUUAAAAAAAUAACUCUUGCUAAUUGAAUAAUGGAUUAUCAAAUCUUUCAAGCCAAAAUGAAGUGGUAAAUUCACCAUAAAAGGACUUAAUUAAUAUAUUUAGGUAAGAGGAAGGUUAAUAAGGAUCAGAUUAAAAUUUAUAAAAUAAACAUACUCCUCCAAUAAGCCAGUAGCAAAAUGAUUAAGUUGAUUAAAAUAAAAAACAGAAUCCUAAUCAACCAAAUAUUAAUGGUUAAAAAAAUAAUUCAGUUGAUUAAACAAGCAAAACUAAGAUUAAAAAGCUAUUUAUUCCACAAAAUUUAAAUAGGUUUUAAUAGUUUCCUUAAAACAAUUACUACUUUAAGUCUGUUAAAAACACGCCCUAAACAAGUUAAGACAAAAGGAAUUUCUAUUUCGAUUAUAAAAGUAAAUCAGAAAUCAAAAAAUCUUUAAUAAGUUCUUAAAGUGAUUUCAACUCAAAGAAUUAAUAUUAAAAAUUAAAUAGCAUGCUCAACUCUCCUUUGUACAGUGAUGUCUCAACGCCUAAAUGGCAAUAAAAUUAAAUUAAUAGCUAGCUAAUGACAAAUAAUCAUUCUGAUUCUUUUUAUUCAUAAAAACAAAGCUAUGAAUUAAUAAAAAAUCAAAACAUAAAAAUGCAACAAAAUUAUGAGUAAAUCAAGAACUAAAUAUUAUAGACUCUUGUCUUACUUGAAGAAGAAUUGAGAAGUACUGGAAAAAAAGAAGCUGAUUUUAAAAAGCCAAUGGAAAUAGUCCACUAACUUACUGACCUAUUAAGCGAAUCUGCUAAGAAUGAACUAAAGCUCUCAUUAAUAAACUCUAAAUAAUAAGAAAAGUAAGAGUAAAUAUCAUUCUUUAAAAUGUAAAUAGAAAGUUUAUAAGCCUAGUUGCAUCAUGUAUAAAUAGAAAAUAGAUAGCUACUUUAAAUGAAAAAAGACAAUGAAAUAGAAAUUAAUAAGCUUAAUAGAAAAAUUUUAUAAUAGGAAAAGUAAAUGAAGGUUGAUAAAAAAGCAAUAAAAUAGCUAGAAUAAAGAUUAGAACUAAUUUUAGAUACUAAUUUUGUUGAGUAUGCAAAUGAAAGAGCAGCUGCAAGCAAUAUCAAUUCGCCCACAAUAAAAGGUGCUAAUAAUUAGUAAUAACCAAAUCAUGCAAAUAAUUAAGUAUAGAUCUAAUAAACAAGUAGUAAUUCUCAAAAUUCACUUCAUAAUCUUCGUAUCCUACUAUCAGAUUUAGUUAAAGAUAAUGAGAGCUUAAAAAAAGAUAAUGUGGCUUUAGAAAUAGAUAUCCUAAGAUUGAAUGAAAACGAAUUGAAACUAAAUAAAAAAAUAGCAACACUCACCCAAAAAGUAGAAAGCAUGAAAAAAAAAAUAUCUGCAAAAGAUCUGGAAUAGCUUUAGCAAGAAGAAAAUAGUAAUUAAAAUAGUUAAAAGUAGGCAUUCUAAGAGUAAAACUCCUUAAAUCUACUCAAACGUAUGAUUAUUCCAUCAGAUACGGAUUUUAGAAUAAAUUGCUUAAAAUUUGAAUAUUCUCAAAUUCUUAUGGAUAUUAUUGAGCAUGGAUCAAAUAACUUUGCUAUUCACAUCAGCAGAAACAAAAAUAUGGAGAAAAGAAAUAAAUUAGUAUCAUUAAUGGCUAAUUAAUUUGUUUCAUAUAGAGACUUUACAAAUAGGUUAGCCCAGUUAGUGAAAUUGAUUCAUGAAUUUGAUCAUUUUGAUGAUCUAAAUAAAAUUUAGUAGAGUGUGGCUGCUCAAUUUCCUAACUUAUUUAAAUCUGAGAUUGUCAGGUUAUGGAUUUUAGAAUCUAUUUCAGGUGUUAUGUAUUCUUAUGAUCAAGAACUAAAAAAAUAAAAUUGUCUUCCUGCUAAAGGCAUUUUCUAGGAUAUUAUUAGGGGAAAGCUGCCAAUAAAUAUGAAAAACUAAAUUUCAAAUAGAUAUAUUUACAUUUAAUUGAAAGAUAAUGAUGAUGAUCUAGUUAUCUAGCAUAAUUAAGUUUAAAGUUUAGCUAAUUCCUAAUAAGGUUAGCAAGUAACGUAAUUGAGUUACUUAUCAUCUUUCUGUUUGCCAAUUAUUAUUGAUAAUGAUGUUAUUGGAAUUUUAGAAAUAUCUGACAAUAGCAAAGUGGAAGGGUUUGGAUAUGAUGAAGAGUUAUAUGGUGUCGUAUGUGCUAACUAUUUGAGUUAAAUGAUAAAAAAAAUAAAAAUAAAUAGAGAAUCAAAAAUUUAAUUAAAAUAUAAUGAUAUGCUGAAUGAUUAUUUCUUAUAGUGCUUAGAAUCUGAAAAUCUCAUUUCUUUAGAAAAAAAAGUUCAUUCUUAGGUUAAAGAGUUAUUUGGGGUUGAAAUUUGUAAAUUUUAUUUUGUAAAAGAAGCUGCUUAGAUAAAAUAAACAAAGUAAAUUUCAUAACCUACGGAUUUAUAAGCAAAUUUCUCUUCUUUUUUUUCUCUUGUAACUAAUUAAGCCUACAGCUAUAAAAAAGGUGUAAUUGGAGAAGCAAUCACUUCAAUGAAACCAAUUUUAAUUAACUCAAUGCAAAGUUCUACCAUUUAUGAUCCUUUUGUCGAUUUGAAUACUCUUCUACCAGCAUACACAACACCUCUAUUUAUUAAUAUAGAGAAAGACAAUACAGUAGAGUGUGUAGGAGUUUUAUAAGUUCCUCUUAAAAAAAGGACAAGAAUAGCUAAAGAAAAAGAUUAACUACUACUAGGAACAACUCCAAAUAUAGGUAUAGAUCAUUCUAUGGAAAAUUAGAUUAAAUAUUAUGCUUCUUUAUUAGCCUAUGCUAUCAAAUUGAUUAAGCUAAAAUGUGAAAUAAAAGAAAAUAAAUGA